CAUAAGCAAUAAAAUAAAUCGUGGGUUUGCUUUGAUUUUUGUAACUGAGAUCAGAGAGAGAGAGAGAAAGAGAGACUGUGAGAAUGGGUUGGAUCGGUGAGACAAUGGAUUCCAUCAAAUCCCUUCAGAUCCGACAGGUCCUCACACAGGCCGUCAGUCUUGGGAUGAUUGUUACGUCUGCACUAAUAAUAUGGAAGGCAUUGAUGUGCAUUACUGGCAGUGAGUCUCCUGUUGUCGUCGUGCUUUCUGGUAGCAUGGAACCAGGUUUCAAGAGGGGGGACAUCUUGUUCUUGCACAUGAGCAAAGAUCCUAUUCGUGCUGGGGAAAUUGUUGUCUUUAACGUCGAUGGUCGCGAGAUUCCUAUUGUCCAUCGUGUCAUUAAGGUCCAUGAACGGCAAGAUACUGGAGAGGUUGAUGUACUCACAAAAGGAGAUAAUAAUUAUGGGGAUGACAGACUUCUGUAUGCUCAUGGUCAGCUCUGGCUGCAACGGCACCACAUAAUGGGCAGAGCUGUUGGGUUCCUACCUUAUGUUGGCUGGGUAACAAUUAUCAUGACUGAAAAGCCAAUUAUCAAGUAUAUUCUUAUUGGUGCAUUGGGGUUGCUCGUUAUAACUUCAGAAAAGAUUGAAGAACAAAGUGAAUUCAUGCUGUGGUUGAUCUCCAAUAUGUACGGUUUUGCAGCUGCCAUAUCUCAUGUGCCAUUUCUCCCACCCCUUGUACAUUGGACAAGUUAAAUUUUAAUGAUAAAUGAAAUCAGAAUAAUUGAUAAAAAUUUUGUUAUCUUUAUAUAACUCUCUACCAAAGAUGUAGCACUUGUUUAUUGUAUUUUUUUUCCUGUCUAAUUUAAUAACAUUUUCUUGGGGGCCA